CCGGACGGAAGCCAGCGAGCGGCGCAGCAGCCGGCUGAAGGGCGGGCGGUCGGUUUGCUUCGGAUGCUCGGGGAUGGCGGUCGUGUCGGCGAGCAGUGCACUGGGCACGCAGCUGCUCAGGAGGUUGAGCUCUGUCACUGGACCAAGCAUACACGCCUGCCAGGCUCAUUGGCAAACCUCUGUCUUGGCACUCCGGCUGUCUCUCCCCAUGAGGUCUGAACCCAAAAAGAAAAAGAAGAAAGUUGACCCUAAGAGAGACCAGAUGGUCAAAGACCGGAUGAGGAAGAAAAUUAAGAAGCUGGAGAGAGUUCCCCCUGAACUUAUACCCAUUGAAGAUUGGGUAGUUCCUACUAAAUACUUGGAUGACACAAGGGUCCGAAUUCUCCCAGAGGUGUCUGAAGUGGAAAGCGAGCGCCGAGCACUGCUUAUGAAGGAGUGGUCGAGGUAUAAGCUGGGCCUUCACAAGGCAGAGAUGGAGGCCAUCGGCUCAGCACUGGAAGCUCAGAGAGUGGCCCUGGAAGAGCUGCGCCUGGAGUCUGAGGAGCUUUAUCAAGCAGCUGUGAAAAGAGACCAAAAACUGUUUCCUUUUGAAAGUGAAGGCCCCUGUUACACCCCACCGAAAUCUGGAUACCAGGCACCAGAGGGCAAAUACAAUGACAUCACUAAAGUGUACACACAGGUGAACAAAUAAACACCAAUGCUGUCA